UUGUCGUCACCAUUCGGCGGGUGGCGAGCGCUGUUUCCCUCUGCCCCCCACCCACACCCGCCGCGACGUGCUGCGCGAAAAGCCACGAUGCACUACAUGCCCCCUGCUUAUGGUCCAAGGGGGGACGACUACGUCUAUUCCGACCCGCAUAGGUGGACGGCACAAUCUCACUCUCAUUCUUCGCCCGCGCCGUCGACUUCGGCGACAGGGAUGGGCUUCUCGAUGUACGACAAUGCGGCCGCGGAUAUCGCUGGGUACGGGGUCUCGCCACCGACUCACGGGGUCUCGCCGCCGCCUCAGACAGGCAAUGGCCACCACUCUUCUGCUUCUGGCCCCGGCCGUGGGACACGGGGGAGGGGGCGGGGACGUGGGAGGCCAAGCAACGUUGGUCAGCAUGUCGAUGUGGUCGGCGCAGACGAGGGCGACGAUGACGAUGGUGAGGGUGAUGGCCCGCGGGACGAGCGGCAGCGCUACCCAUGCCCAGAGUGCCACAAGCGCUUCAAUCGACCAAGCAGCUUGCGUAUUCAUAUGAACGUCCACACGGGGGCCAUGCCAUUUGUUUGUCCCCACCCAGGCUGCGGCCGCGCGUUUAACGUCAACUCUAACAUGCGACGCCACUUCCGGACCCAUGCAGCGCUUGCGGCUGCCGCUGGUUCCCUCACAUUUUCUCACACCAACCCCGAACAACAUCACAUGCAAGGCGCGUUUGCGGCUGGCGCGGAACCGAAAAGGCGCGGAAGGAAACCCGGGGCUACCAUUAACAAGACUUCUGUGAAGCCUGUAACGCCGCCAGUGCCUACAACGCCGAUGACAACAGCAGAGAGGCAGCGUGCUGCCUCGCCGUAUGGUCAUCCAUACCCUACUGUGGCAACCUACACCCCCGACCGACCCCGUUCUCCUGCCGCUGCCAGUCGGCAUGCGCCUGUCAGCGCCCCGACCCACUCAUUCUCGCGCGACAUGAACAGCCUCAGAUAUGCCUCGCCGCUCUACGGAGCGCUUCCCCCGCAGCCGCCGGGCCCAUACGCAUGCGAGCAGUUCCCCCGAGGCGGGGAGCUCGGGUGGGCGUGGGACACGGGGUUCGCGUCGCCGAUGGUCGGAGGCCGCCACAGUCCCCACCCGGGCCGCCACAGUCCGUACCCACCCCCGAAUUCGACGGGAGACUACAGCAAGAUGCCCGGGCCAUGCAACCGCGGUGAAUACCCGCCCUAUGUGCGCCUGCCGCCGAUCUCCACCUUCGCGGCGCCCUCCCACGGUUAUCCCUCCUCGCAGUCGGCGAGCUUCCCGAGCUCCGCUGCCUCGUCCCAUUCGUCGCCACUCCGCCGGUCGGCGUCCGCGUCGAGCGGGCCGAGCGUCGCGAGCGGUGGCUAUGAAAACGGAGCCGGUGGCGAGGAGGAUGCAGAGGGCGAGCCGGAUGAGGACGGGCCUGCCUCUGGCGCGAAUAACCACGUGCAGGACUGGGGCACCCAAACGCCAGGGCUGCGCGGCGGCGUAUGA